AUUGCUCUUCCGAUAACUUGUCUUUGUUAUAGGUAUACUUCUACAGAUGUCAGAACCAACAGCAACGACAACAACAACUACAACAAAAGCAACACAGACGAAUCCCCUGAACUUUUGGACGACGCCAUUUAAUCAGCUUCACAGAUUGAAAACGAGAAUGAAAGCAAUGAGGAAACGAUGGAUCUUAAUUGAGAAGAAUGAAGCAUCAGUAUUGACCAGCGCCUUUACUCACCUUGGCACAAGCUAUCAGUACAUAAACCCUUCUCUUGGUGAGAAAACUCCAUUGAGAUCUUCGAGCAAAUACAGAUCCUCUAAAUACCAAAUUCGAUCCUAUCUGAAGGCUUUCAAAAACCUACUGGCUGAUACAAUGCGCCCUGGACGCUAUAUGUGCGUUGACGAUUCAAUGAAUAAGUGGCUCAAAAACAGGAUGUCGAAGAUACCCAGGAAAUUUCACCCACUUGAUCAAGAGUAUGAGAGAAUCACGUCACUUACAUUAUCAUGCGCGUGGACAACUGUGGUCAUCAUAAAUCCAACACAGACCUUGACCAACGAAAGAUGGAUUUAUUAUAGUCAUUGCGAGGCAAUUGACUGAGACUUGCUAGAUAUCAGUUUGGAAGGGUCAUCAUCGCAGAUUCCAGGUCUAAUUUCACCAGAAAUGGAUCGAAGGCUUAUGGACGUUGUCUGUAUUUUGUUCAAAAAAAAAAGUAAAUAAUCUCCCAUUAACAACUUACAAUCAAAGGCUGUCAAUUUCCGGUCAAAAUCACAUUGUGCAAUAGUAGAGAUUUAUUAAUCUAGAGUGACAGGUGAUUAUAAAGAGUAAAUAGGGGAUUAUCUACUACUGUGGUACUAUUUGCAAGAAUAAAAGGGUGAUGUGUAACA